AUGAUAUACGCGCUCCUGCUGCUCUUCCUCUACAUUGCUGACAGUGGCGCGUACAACCCCGGAACCGAGUUGGCACCGACGCCAGCGACGAGACCGCACAGCGGCAAGACUACGCUUGCGUCUAUUUCUGAGCGGCUAUUUGGGAGCCGGAUCGGAAGUACGACGCUCUGUGAGAGUUCUUGCGGGACAUCAUUCGAAGAGCACCCUGGUCCUUACUGCGCAGAGGAAGCUGUGCAGUCCUACAAUGGCAAGCUCAUGGAGAUGCGGGUUGUGCCGCAUCCAAUGCAAAGCAAGUGCGGCAUUUUGUUCUUCCUGUGGUGGAGCGUGGCGGGAUGUCAUGACUACGGACACCCGGCCACAGCCCAGCUACAGUGGAGGACGGGGCAGCCAGAAGUGGUCAGAGGAUACUUGGGCUGCUCCUGCAUCGCCCCGACGCUGGGAGGAACCUUGGAGGCCCAAAUCUCCACGCCGAAAGAAGGGUGGAGGUCGUGGCAAGGACAGCUGCCAGAGCCACCGACGAGACAACCGCCACAAGGGCCGGUUGCUACGGCGAACAAGGAGGUUGCCGCAUCGAGCACUGCCACCGCAGAUCGGCAGGCGCUCGAGAAACUCAUCCAGGCGAUGCAAGCCAGCGAACAGGAGCUGACGCCGCAGUUACGGCAGCUUCUCGAACAGCACCGGCUCGACGACACCAAGGCCGAGGCCCGCAACCUUCACCGGAUUGUGGCGUCCAAGGCUGGAGCCAAGAAGGAGCUCAGCAAGAUACGCCUGGGACGCUCGAACUACCUGCAGUCCUGGAGUUCCUACCUCGACCAAGUGGUUGCUACGCUGCAGAAGCAGAUCAGCGAGCACACCACGACCAUGCAGGACUUCUCGGAAAAGGAGAUGCAAUGGGAACAGGCUUUGCAAGAAGCGUCCCUUGCACUGACGCGAGUCGCUACAGACCGUGUGGAAGUCGAGACCAUUACGGACGACGAAGAGGCCAUGGAUGCAUCCGAGAACAGAGUCGACGAGGCCAUCAGCAUCGAGUUGCUAGGCCAGAGAGCCAAGGAGCGAGCCAGGGUGCUCGAGCAGCAGGGCAAUUCGCUGGUGGCUGCUUUGCAAGAGGCCGCCGAGAGCGGAAAGGGCUCACAACGAGACGGCACCGACAAUCGCACAGAAGGUGCCGAGACCUUGUUUCCCUGGACUGCGCCCGAAGUUGAUGUGGGGCGACAUGUCGUCAGGGCCCACCGGCUUACGGGCGACCCACUUACGUUCCAGCCUUCCGGCCCAUCUGAGGAUGCCGAUGUGGCUGACGAAGUAAGUGGCUGGCUCAGACCCCAGUCGCAGCCUGUGCAGUCAUGCUGGACUCGCACGGCACCUCCCUCUCCUCCCUGGCUGACCGAUCCCCUCCGAGUUCCAACGGAGGUUGCCGUUGCAAAGGCGGUCAAGCCGUCCGCGGGCAGUCUGCCCCGACGGCCCACUGCGCUGCAAUGCACAAUCACCGCGCAGAUUCCGCUCGUGCCAGACGCACUCAGUGGCCGGCUGUACCAUGAGUGUGUUGACAGUUUGGCUGCUUACACAGCCGGCUCUGACUAUGAUGAGUCUGGGCAUGCUACCUUUACUGUCUUCGAUCCUCCUCAUGGAAUGCGUACCAGGCGAUCUCACCGCACGUGGACCAUUUUGGAACACGCUGCCGAUGCGGUUAGCAGUGCGCCCAUGCGUGUACGAGCAAUUCAACUCAUUGAACGCGCCGUGCCAGGACUAAGCACGCCGCAGCUCACGCUGACGCCCCGGGAUGCCGAGGCACAUCAGCUAGCGCUUCCAAUUGACCUCAGGGGGCAGCAAGGCUCAGUCAUCACUUUGGUGCUGGAAGCCGGGAUGUCUGCGCAAGACGUUCUGCGUAGGGCGGCUGAAGCUACUCGGGCACGGCUUGAGGAUUUACUUGUAAAUCCCUGGCUGUAUCACCUUGUCGCGUCUGACGGCAGCGUUGUCCCAGUCCUACAAGCGCCAAUUUCUCAGUAUGAGUGGUUCGAGGUUAGGUCACAGGUUGCCGAAGCCGUCGUACCAACCGCUGGUUUGUUGGAAUCCGCGACCAGCACCACUACGACAACUGCUGCUCGAGCACCUCUUGAUCUGUCUGAGCUAGAACAGAUUCUGCUGAGUACUGGCGGCGAUCCAAGGUCGGUACUACCAGGUGAGCUCAGGGAUGUCGAAUUGUUGCCCAGAGGUGUACACCAUGGGGCAGCACAUCGCGUUCCCUUAACGCGUUUGCGCAUGUUGCCGGACCUGUGCCCUACCCCAUAUCCGGGAAGCGUUUCUAGGUCGGUGACCUUUACGAUCUUUGUGGCAGCACAUGCUCCGCUCAAAGUACAGGGCAUUUUGGACUGGACGCUGAUUGACUUUCUGCGGACCAGUGCGCAAUUUGCGGAGACGCCGUUGCACAGGUUGCAGAUGCUCACCACAGCGGUGCCAGGGCUGCCGACACCACAGGUGGCGCUAACUGAAGGCAAUGAGAUUGGUGAAUCUACUGUCAUUCCGAUCGAUUUGCGCGGGCUUGGGCAAGAUGUGACCCCCCUUUUGCUCCCACCGUCCUUCGACCGAGCAUCAGUGCUCGAGGCCAUCGCGUUGGCUGUUCCGCACUUGCGCACCACCAUUGAGGACCCGCUAAGUGGUCACCGGCUGCAGCUCAUCGAUGCCCAGGGACAAAGCUGGGACUGUCUACCAACCAGCCUCUCCUCGAUUCAGUGGCUCACCCUGUCGUAUGCCCCUGUUCCAGCAGGGCACCUUGACCCUUUGCUCUUGGCGACCACUGCCGAUGAGAGCUCGACUGAUGCUGCAGCGCUCUUGCAGCUCGCAGCAGACAAGGUUAUCCAAGUCCCUCGACUGGAAGGGGACAACGAGGUUGGGCUUCCUCCCUCACUCCUUGGCAAACUCUCACCGCAUAGCACCAGCUUGGCAUGCCAUGGCCAUGUUCGGAUCGUGCCCGACUAUUUGAAUAGGCCGGCCGCAUUCAACAGAGAGCUUGCGCAACUUUCGUGGGGAGGGAGGGAAGGGGAGGAAACCACCCAUUUCACAGUGUUUGAUACCGUGCAUCAAGUCCGUGUCCUGCCACGAGACCCCAAGGACUCCCUUCACAGUUGUGUUGGCAAGGCACUCCAGGCUACGCCCGUUGAUAUCAAUCGCAUCCGAGUCCUGACUGUGCCUGUUCCGGGUUUCCCACUGCCUCAGCUUGUGUUGCAUCAGGCUGCGCAUGUUGAUCCCCUGGACACUCUUGUUUGGGACCUCCGACCCAUUCAACAGCCGGUCCGCACUGUAGCUCUACCCAAAGGACAGGAUCUUGUGGCUGCAUUUCAGCAGGUAGUGCAGCCUUUGCCACAGGCAACUGCUUUGCUAGAGGGAUGGCGUAAUGGUCGGGUAGCUUUGGUUGACGCGCUAGGGCUGCUUGAAGACAGGCUCCCCCUUGAUUUUGAGGAGGCGCAGCAUGUGCGUGCAGAGGUUGCCCUUUUCCAAGGGCUGACCCAGCUUGUCCUUGACCCGAGCACAUGGCCGCUACCACCAGGCGGCGUCACUUCUACGUCCACCACUACUGCCAUGCUCGUCAACUAUCCUCACUACCCGUCGCGACCCCCCAGGCACUCUGUCGCUGAGAUCCACUCCCUGGAAGUGAAAAUCAUCCGAGGGACAUACUGUGAGCAGGCAGUUAUUCAACUGCCCUGCUUACAGAUUGAUGGUGCCAUCAGCUGGCUCCUGCGCAGAGUUGAGACCGCCACUGGUCCUUUACAGCCCAAUGCCAGACUGAUGCUCGCCAAGGCACAACCCACUUCCACAACGCCGGCGCACGAGACUGUGUUUGUUGUCUUGGAGGACACAAACAGUGUCUGGUCUGUCUUCGACACCAGACAUUUAGCCCGAGCGGGCUCGCUUGUUGUUGCGCGAAGUGUGCAUGACCUGCCCUGCCAAGACACUCUGGCAACGGCGUGUUACCAGCAUGGCUGGACCCUCUUCGUCAAUGGGGCGCCUAUUCAUCUCUGCUCUCGGAGUAUUGAUGAUGGUGAUUUUGUUCAGCCAACGCUACAGGGUGGCUUUCCGCUAUCGGUUCCAACCUCCGUCAUUUUGGAAGCCUGCCCGAUGCUAGAAGCAUACACGUGGGGGCUACCUACCCCCAUUGUCCGCAAUGCUCGGCAGCGUAGGGCCAGUCUGGGUUUUUACAGGCACGCCGAAGGACGCUGCUUGGUUCUGGGGCCUUGUCAUGCGCCUGCCGCUUUUCGAACGCGUCACCAGUACAUCCCGGACCAUACUGAGAUGCGAGAAGCGGUCAACGAACUCCAUGACUUCCCGGGUAGGUUGUGCUCUAUCACUUAUGCAGAGGCACAGUUCAGGCAUGAAAGGUGCACUUCAGUGUUUGCUUCUUCAGCCCGACAUUCUGCCCUUGCCACUUUGUUGCUUCCUGCAUACGGCUGGCCUGGACAUUAUGUGAUUUUGCUGGCCCCUCAGAAUGCACCGGGGCUUGGAGCAUUGCCGAUCGGCCACAACUUCCGAGUUAUCGCGGAAAGACGUUGGACUCCUGGACGUGUGCUGCGGUUGUGUCUGGAUGAGCCCCCACUUCCGCCUCCUGUGGCACCCCCUGUUGCACCUCAAGCUGCCCAGCCUGCUGCUGCCCAACAGCCUCCACAACAGCCGGCAAUCCGUCCCGACCCUGAGGUUGACGAUGAAGACAUGGCACCUAGAGCUGAGACCGAAGCGACGUCCAGCAUGAGUCUCCUCCAGACCACUGCGCGGCGCAGCCAGCGUCGCCCUAGCCCUGACCUACAUAGCGGUGGCUCUGCACCGCCCGCUUCUGCACGAGAGCCACCAUGUGGUGCCAACUGCCGGCAAAGUCUGCCGACGCCAUUUGGCCGCCGGAACAUACCGCGCAGGGAACCUACUAAGGCACAGGACGCACCUGGCCAUUUGUCCGCCAAAUGCGAUGAUAGGGAAGCGCGUGCUGGGAGCGCACUUGUGCUGGACACAGCAAUCCCUGCUCCUGCCCGUGAAGCCAGCCUUUUGUUUGCUGUACCCGCGGACAUCAUGGAACCUACGCUCGAUUCCUUUGACCUUGUGCAUUGUCAGCGUAGGUUGCCAGCCUCAGAGCUCCUGCACCCGGCUGCGCGUCAACUUGUUUAUGGGCUCCCGGUCUGGUCGAGAAACACACCCGAAGCAAUUAUGUUGUUUCUGGAUGGGGCGUUUGAGGGAGGACAUUGUACGUGGGCAGUGGCUGCUGUCGUUCAAGUUCAGGGUACUUGGUUCUGGGCGGGCUACUUCUGUGGCUUUGUUGCGGAUUGCAUGAGCCCAGGAUCUGCCUUUGAAGGCGAACUAUAUGCACAGUUUGUAGCGCGCGGUGUUGUGGCACGACACUCUGUACCAAGUGCUAUCUUUUACGACAACACUUCUGCAGCCAGUGUCGCAGCAGCUACUGCCGCCACAACUGCGCGCACGCGCCUCGGCAGCGCUACGGCGGCGUUGCAAUUCCUGUCCCUCUACCGCAACGUUCCAGUUGCUUGCCAGCAUGUCAAAUCUCAUCAAGGACACGCUGGCAACGAAGCUGCCGAUAGCUUGGCUAAGGCACUGCUAAGAGCACAACUAGAGCCCUGUGCCCCUGCUGAUGAGAAUCUUGAUACCUGCAUCCUUGCCGGUGACUUUGACUGGCUAUGGAUCCAUGCAGCCAGUACUGCUAGCAGUUGUUGGCCACAAAUUGAUCCAGAUGGGGCCAGUAAGCCUAUUUGCCCUGCCGCACAAGGUCCGGCGUUGCUCACUCCGGCAACCUGGCAGUUUGAGACACCUGCUGCAGCCCCUCCUACCAAACCUCGCAGACUCCUCUUCCGAUGCAUGACGUACAAUACUCUGUCAUGCACCAGCGCGCUUCAGCGCCGCUGCCUUGCUGAAUUCAUGCGAGCAAAGAAGGUCAGCGUCGCUGGCCUGCAGGAAUGCAGACAGAACUUACAAGGACCCCAAGUUGUCGAUGGCAUGUUGAGGAUCGCAUCACCUGCACCUGAGGGCAGACAGGGUUGCCAGCUGUGGUUUGAUUUACGGGCCUUGCCUUACCGCCCACAAGACUUCCGUGUGCUCUUCAGCAAUCCACGGCUGUUGGUUGUGCUGUUGCACCAGGAUGGUUUCAAGGCUACUUUCGUUGCAGGGCAUGCCCCGGACUCGGCACAAGACGCGCAGACUCGCGCAUCUUGGUGGGAACAGCUCGAUGCUCGCCUUGAUGCGAUUCCGGCUCAUUCUGAAGUCGUUUUGCUUGUCGAUGCCAAUGCGCGGCACACACCCGGUGAGUCACCUGACAAUCCCAAUGCCACAGAGUUUCAGCAGAUUUGUCGCAAGCACUGCCUGUGCCGGACUGCGUCUCACGAUCGUUCAGGGGGGACUUACCGUACAUGGCGUUCGCCGCAAGGAGUCUGGGCAUGUCUGGAUUACAUUGCUAUCCCUCAAGCGUGGCAGCAUACCUUCGAUGAACUGGGGGUCCAUGACAUUUUGGAUACCCACGCAGGUAUAGACCACCAGCCAGUGCUCGCAGAGUUUACGGUUCAACUUCACAGCCCACGGCCUACCAAACGCCGUCUCGAUGUUGAUCGCCUGAAGGGCCCUGAGGGUCGCGACAUUGUGCAGCAUUGUUUCCUCACGAUGCCGGAUUGCCCCUGGAACCUUUCCCCUGAUGAGCACCUGCAGGUCAUCAACCGGCACAUCCAGGCAUGCCUUCAACAGCAUUUCACACGCUCUGGGCCGGUUGGGCGCAAGCCUGGCAUAUCCAACCAGACCCUGGAACUGCUCGCAACGAAACGCGGGCUACGCCGUAUCCAUCACAGGCGGGCCCGGCAGCAAUGCAAGGAUGUGCUGUACACCUGUUUCCGAGAUCCGAGCUUCCUCGAUUCCUCCAGCCGGGAUGAAGCGGCCUUCUCCCGAUCCAUGUUCCAAGAGGCACGAGGCAAAGGACCUGCCCACCUCGCGAGUCUCCUACGCUCCGUUUUGAAGGUCGGCAGGCGCUACAAGGCUCCGAGGACUGCUAGUGCCAUCGUCGACCAGGGCCAUGAGGUAACAGACCCUGAGCAGAUCAAACAGCUCUUCGGCAAACACUUUGGGGAGAUUGAGGGAGCUAAGCCAGGUAAGCUGAGUGACAUGGUUCAAGAACCCUGCGAAAAUCUACUCUGUGACAAGAGAGAUAUCCAGGGUCUUCCUACCUUGCCGGCCUUGUCCGCCGCGUUUGCCUCUCUGCAGCCCAGGCGGGCCACAGGAAUUACCGGUAUUCCGGCUGAGUUCUAUGCUGCCUGUCCGGCUUUUGCUGCUAUGCACCACUUGCCGUUGGUGUUGAAGGUGGCAGCACGUCAGCAAGCCCCGACGCUAUGGAGAGGUUUGCUCGCUGUCCCGUUGCCAAAACCGGGGAAACCUGGACACCUUCUUACAGGGUACAGAUCCAUAGCUCUGAUGGAACCCUCCAUCAAAGCAGUUGCUAAGGCUGCGCGUCCCGAGCUCAUUCGCGCCUUUGAAGGUGUCACGCUUAGCACAGUUGGGGGUGCCCGAAGCCGGGUACCGACUGACCUACCCGCGGCAGCCGUGCAGCUACACCUUGAGCGACUGAGGCGAGAUUCCCUUUCGGGAUCCGUCGUCUUUGUUGACGGCGUCACUGCUUUCUACUCCACGACGAGAGAAAUCCUCUUUGAGCAGGGUCUGCCCGCCUACAGAAAGCGUGUGUCCGAGAUGCAAGUUGAGCCUGGGGUGCGACAUAGGUUUCUUCAGCACCUUGACUGCAAGGGCGCCCUUUCAGGCGCUGGGGUGCCGAGUGCUUUGUGUGAUGUUUUGCGGUGUUUGCUCCACAAGACGUGGUUCACCACGGAUACAGGCAGUGAGGCCAUUCAGUGUACCACCCAGGGCACGACACCGGGAGCACCACUUGCAGACUUGCUCUUCCAAUACGCUCUUCACAGCGUUCUGACGGCCCUCACUGAACAUCUCGCCGACGAACAGCUCUCUGCCCAGUUGACUGUCGCUGGACACGAUCCUGCUUUGUCAGAUCCUGUGUCGUGGCUUGAUGACGUGGCUGUUCUGCUGCAAUCUCAAUCUGCCAGACAUGCAGCGGGUGAUGCUGCCCGUGCUACGGCCCUCAUCCACCAAUACCUCAGUCUCAUUGGCAUCGGCCUCAACCUCACUCGAGGCAAGACUGAGGCCAUUGUUGCUUGGCAUGGCGUUGGUGCGCACGAAGCACAAACUCAGGUCAUGCAGAGGGAGGCAGGCAGCGUAGCCUUGCAUAUACCGGGACACACUGGCCUGGUGUUACGAUGUGUCUCGCAGUACGAGCAUUUGGGCAGCUUGCGUACUGCUGGUGGCGACAUCGGCCCUGCAGUCGAGCACAGACACCGCGAGGCGCGUAGCGUCUACCGAGCCGUUAAGACCAGGCUACACCCUAAUCCCAAUCUGACGAUGCACGAACGGCAAGCGAUUGUUCAUGCACUCAUCAUGAGCCGCUUUCUACACGGCGCGGGAACCUGGCUUUUCGGUACCAAUGAAGCUUGGGACGGUUUUGUCGCUCGCUACUGCGGCUUGCUCAAGGGAACCAUCAGGCCGCUUCAUGGGUGCUCUAGCGGCCGUCUCUCCCAAGCUGAAGUGUGCGCGCUGACCAAUGCCCUUCUGCCUGAAGAGAUUCUGGCUGUCGCUCGCGUCCGUUUGCUCGCUUGUGUGGCCAACAAUGCAGGCCUUUUCGCAAAACGGCAGUUUUCACAGCAUGCCAACUGGAUGCAGCAAUUGCGAGCCGACCUUGCCCUUGUCGCUUCACGCAUCAACGAUCCCGUGCUUGCCAGCUACUCAUGUAGCGAUAUGCCACCAGAACUCUGGCUGGAUUCAUGGCCAUUCUCCCAGGCCCAUGCCAAAAACCUGCUGGCCCGUUUCCGGCGAGGUUGUAUCGCGAGCAGGGAGCACUUGGUUGGACCUGCCAUUGCCAAGGCACAUGCGCAUGAGAGAGUCACUAAGGCCGACCUCACGUUCAUUCGUGACGUUAGGUGCUCUGCCCGUGAGCUCCGCUACCAGUGCCCGGAUUGCCCUGCCCUGUUUGCGACGAGAGCUGCUGCUGCAGCGCAUCGUUCAAAAGUUCAUGGCCACUUGUCAGCGUCCGCGCAGGCAUUUGGCACAGCCUGUGAAGUCUGCCGGCGUCAAUACUGGAGUACAGCGAGACUCGCUGAGCAUUUCCGGAAGGCUCCACAUUGCGCGGCUGUGUAUCGGGAAUCCGAUAUGGCUGGAACCGUCACGGAGGCCAUCGCUGACCGCCGCGUGCCGUGCGCACAGUUGGUUGGACCCCAACCUUGGCAGCUCCACUCUUUCUUUCAGCUCUUUGCGUGUUCGGUAGAGAUGCAUGGCCAUGACGGAGUCAUGGAAGCGAUCAAAGGGGUUGUACAGGGCACGGAACACUGGCGAUUGGCCGUUUCCGUAGCCGAUGUUUUGGACCGGGCUGACGAGAUGUUCAUCUUUCAGGAGGGCAGUCUCGCAGCCGCAUACCGGAACGGAGCUUUGCUCUUCGGACCGGCUGUGGCCUUACGCAGUGCUGUAGCACGCGAUUGGCCCUUUUUGUGA